GAGAGCCUGCUGGGGAGGGGGCUGCUCUCGGCGGCGGCCCAACCACGUGACCCGGGAGCGUCGCGCGACUUUACGCCAGCACGUUCGCUAACGGAUCAGUGACGUCACAACGGUCACGGGGAGACGUGACCGCCGCUUUUCCCGCCGCCCCGGAAGUGGCGCUGACGCAGCGGCUGAGCGAUGGCGGAGGGUCCCGGAGCCGCGCCGCCGCCGCACGGCUGCCCCGGCACCAGCAGCGCCCAAGCGGGCAGAGCCGCCGCCUGCCAGGGGUGUCCCAGCCAGGGGCUGUGCGCCGCCGGCGGCCCCGCCGCCUCGGACCCGGCUAUAGAAGAAAUAAAGGAGAAAAUGAAAAUUGUGAAGCACAAAAUACUAGUUUUGUCUGGGAAAGGAGGAGUCGGCAAGAGCACUUUCAGUGCCCACUUGGCUCAUGGCUUAGCAAAGGACGAGACUAAACAGAUUGCUCUGUUGGACAUAGAUAUUUGUGGACCAUCAAUCCCUAAAAUAAUGGGUAUAGAGGGAGAACAGGUUCACCAGAGUGGUUCUGGAUGGUCUCCGGUGUAUGUUGAAGAAAACUUGUGUGUAAUGUCUGUGGGGUUCUUGCUCAGUGGUCCUGAUGAUGCUGUUAUCUGGAGAGGACCCAAAAAAAACGGAAUGAUCAAACAAUUUCUUCGUGAUGUGGAUUGGGGUGAAAUUGACUACCUUAUUGUGGAUACACCUCCAGGUACUUCAGAUGAACAUUUAUCUAUUGUGCAAUAUCUAAGUUCCUCACACAUAGAUGGAGCAGUUAUAAUCACUACUCCUCAGGAAAUAUCACUUCAGGAUGUUCGAAAGGAGAUCAACUUCUGUCAUAAGGUGAAAUUGCCGAUCAUAGGUGUUGUUGAAAAUAUGAGUGGCUUUGUAUGCCCAAAAUGUAAGAUUGAAUCUCAGAUCUUUCCUCCAACAACUGGAGGAGCAGAGAAGAUGUGCCAAAAUUUAAAUAUUUCUCUCCUGGGGAAAGUGCCCCUAGAUCCUCAAAUAGGUAAUUGUGAUCAAGGCCAAUGUUUUUUCUCUGAAAUACCUGAGUCCCCAGCUACUUCAUCUUACAGGAAUAUCAUCCAAAGGAUUCAAGAAUAUUGUGCCCUACACCACUCUCAAGAAAAACUAUCUAACCAAGGAAUGGAAUAAAUGUGCAGUUAAUUAUAGGAAAGCAACGAUUGUCAUGAAUCAAUAGGAAGAAUGUAAAGAUUUGUGCUCCCUUUCUGUAUUGCAAAUAAAUAAUUUUUAAGUUAA